AUGGAGGAAGGGGGAGUAGAAACACUCCACCUUGGCACUCUGAUGGCAGCCCACGGCUACUUCUUCCCAAUCUCGGACCAUGUGCUCACACUGAAGGACGAUGGAACCUUCUACAGGUUUCAGACUCCCUACUUCUGGCCAUCUAACUGUUGGGAACCUGAGAACACAGACUAUGCUGUUUACCUCUGCAAAAGAACAAUGCAAAACAAAGCCCGCCUGGAGCUGGCUGACUACGAAGCUGAGAGCUUAGCCAGACUACAGAGAGCGUUCGCCAGGAAAUGGGAGUUUAUAUUUAUGCAAGCCGAAGCACAAGCAAAAGUUGACAAGAAGAGAGACAAAAUUGAGAGGAAGAUUCUGGACAGUCAAGAGAGAGCUUUCUGGGACGUACACAGACCAGUGCCUGGAUGUGUGAACACAACAGAGGCCGAUAUCAAGAAGUCCUCAAGGAUGAAGCAGCCUCAUAAAACAAGAAAGUCUGUGUACGGCCUCCAGAAUGACAUCCGGAGCCACAGCCCCGCCCACGCCCCCGCUCCAGAGGUCAAAGAGCCCACGGAGGAGGAGAUGCGUCACCAGAUUCAACACUGGCAAGCCCAACUAGACAGGCAUCGGUUAAAAAUGUCCAAAGUGGCAGAAAGCUUGCUGAGCUACACAGAGCAGUAUGUGGAGUAUGACCCCUUCUUCACCUCCCCGGAGCCCUCCAACCCCUGGAUCUCUGAUGACAUCACCGUCUGGGAACUGGAGACCAGUAAGGAGCCGGGCCAGCAGAGAGUGAAGAGGUGGGGCUAUGGGAUUAACGAGGUGUUGAAGGAUCCUGUUGGGAGAGAACAGUUCCUCAAGUUUCUGGAGUCAGAGUUCAGCUCAGAGAACCUCAGGUUCUGGCUGGCGGUUCAGGAGGUGAAGAAGAGGCCGAUUCGGGAGGUCCCUACAAGGGUCCAGGAGAUCUGGCAGGAGUUCUUGGCCCCAGGGGCCCCCAGUGCCAUUAACGUUGACUCCAAGAGCUAUGACAAGACCACACAGAAUGUCAAGGACCCCGGACGAUACGCCUUCGAGGACGCACAGGAGCACAUCUACAAGCUGAUGAAGAGUGAUUCCUACAGCCGCUUCCUCCGCUCUACUUUCUACCAGGAGCUGCUACAGGCCAAGAAGAAGAAAAGUAAGAACUUAUUCUGAGGAACUCCACUUCCAGGUCAAAUCCAUUUGAUGGAAUCACCCUGGAACAAUGUAAUGUUUUAGCCUUGGAGAGAGGACCUGAUCAUUUAUACAUUAAUGUAAUGUUUUAGGGAGAGAGAGGAGAGAGGACCAGAUCAUUUAUACAUUAAUGUAAUGUUUUAGGGAGAGAGAGGACCAGAUCAUUUAUACAUUAAUGUAAUGUUUUAGG